AUGGCCAUUGAGCUUGGACUCUCGAGAAUAUGCAAUUUACUAUCACAUUUGGGCAAUCCACAGAACUCUUUUAAGGUCCUUCACGUUGCUGGGACCAACGGCAAAGGAUCAGUGUGCUCAUUGUUGCAAUCAGUGCUUCAAACCAAUAAGAAAUACCAGGUUGGCAAGUUCACAUCACCACAUUUGGUCCACAUUACGGAUUGCAUUAGCGUCAAUGGGAAAUCCAUUCCAUUGCAGGAUUUCCAAGGUAUCAAAAAUCGACUCCAGGAGACGAAUAAAGUGCACGAAUUUGGAUGCACAGAGUUUGAGCUUCUGACAUGCACGGCUUUCGAGUAUUUCCAACGAAUGCAGUGCAAUUGGUGCGUUUUAGAAGUCGGGCUCGGGGGCCGUUUGGACGCCACAAACUGUUCGCCUGGUGCGAACAAAAUCUGCGGAAUCACCAAGAUCGGGAUGGACCACCAGGGCUUUCUCGGAGACACCUUGGCCCAAAUCGGUACCGAAAAGGCUGGCAUGAUUGUUUCUGGCGUGUCAUUUGUGGCCGUGGACGGUUCUAACGAACCAGAGGUUUUGGAUGUGGUCAAAAAACGGGCUGCUAUGGUCAAUGCAGUAGCAUCCAACACCUCUAGCAUUAUCUCUGGAAAUAUUAUAAAAAGCAGGUCGUGGGGCAACAUAGACCGCGCAAUUGUUCCACUCAAUGGCAGCUACCAGGUUUCUAACGUGGCCGUUGCAGUCUCGAUGCUGGACUAUCUUCAAAGCGAAGGACAAAUUUCGAUCUCAUCGCAGCAGAUCCACGACGGUUUGAAGAACGUGCGUUGGCCAGGACGACUACAGAAUGUAAGUUACUACAAAAAAAGGGCCCAUAAGGCCUUGAAUUUGUUGAUAGACGGAGCGCAUAAUGGCGACGCUGCCGCGGCUCUCGCAGCGUACCUUGCAGAGACGUUUCGUCCGCAAGGAACAGAACCUAUUACUUUUGUUAUCGCCGUGACGCAGGGCAAAGCUGUGGACUACCUGUUGGCUCCUUUGAUCAAGCAACAGGACACUGUAAUUGUCACCCGGUUUGGAAGCGUGGAGGGCAUGCCAUGGAUUUCACCAAUGGAAUUGUCCGAUCUGGAGUCCAAAGCUGCCAGAUACACCGACAAAGUCUCAGCACGGCCAAGCAUUCAAGCUGUACUUGACGAGAUCCCACAUGACCAUCCCGAUCCCGUAGUGGUGUGUGGCUCCCUGUAUUUGUGCGGGGAGCUGCUUCGAGAUGAGAAUGUUGCAUGGUGA